AUGGAUGUCCAGCCUGCGCCCGUGGCCAGCCGGGCAGCGCCGCCGCCGCGGGACGGGCGGGCCCGGCAGCGGGGAGCCCCGCACCGCCCCGGGCCCAGCGCAGGCAGCCCUCCCGCCCCGCCGCGGCCAGGGCCGGGGCGAAGCCGCCUCCCACCCCGCGCUGCCGCCCGGGCUUCGCCGCGCCCCCGGGGAGGGAGCGCUCAGCCCGUCCCCGCUGACACCGCCUCGCCGCCCGGACCCCCGCCGCCCCCCCGACCCGCUCGCUCCCGCCCCGCCGCCGGGACGCGGCCCCGCGGCCUCAGCGCGGCCAGGCCCCAGCGGGAGCGCCCGGGGCCGGCCCGCCGCUGUCGCCGCCCGCGGAGCCCCCCGCCACCGGCCCCGGCCGCCCCGCUCACCCGCCGCCUUCCGGGCCGCCUCCCGCCGCCGCUCAGCUCGGGGCUCGGCUGCUGUGCGCGGCGGCGGCGCCGCGUCCGCUCCGCCCUCACCGGCCGCGGCCUGGGGAGGAGCCAGCGGGCCGGGGCGCGGAGCCGGGGCGGCGGGCGGGGACGUGACCGGGGAGGCCCGCGAAAAGUUCCGGGCGGCGGCGCCCGCGGGCCCGGGCAGGUGCCGGGGCCACCGCUCCCCCCCGCCGCGGGGACCCGCGGUUCUCCCUCCUCGCAGCCCGGGCGAAGGGCGCCGGCGAGGGCAGUCCCGGGCCUGCCUGCGGGGCCAUGGCGGCAGCUGGGCCUCGGCCUCCCCUCAGGCCCACCGGGACCCUCCCGCCCGCCCGGACACCGGCCCGGCCCGCCGCCGCCACGGGCCUGGUGGAGACGGGCCGGGCGCUGGCACCGGGUGACCCCCCCCGCGGGCACCAAGCAAGGCCGAGCGCGGCUCCUUACCGAGGGGACGGUGCUGGCGGUGCCCGCGCAGGAUGCGGGCGGUAGCUUCGAGGCCGCUGUGGCCAUCGGCCCAUCGCCUGCACGACUUAAGUUUCCUGAAACGCAGCACUUAAUAACAGUGUGA